AUGGCAGAGAUUGAUACAAAUCAUGAAGUAUCUUUAAACAUUAAAGAUAUCAACAAUUCUUCAUCACCCAUGGCAACAGAUCAUUCCUCUGUUUGUUUUCUAUCACUCCCAUUCAUGCAAAAGCAGCUGAUAGCAGAGGUAACAGGAACUUAUUUCCUAAUAUUUGCCGGUUGUGGGUCGGUGGUUGUUAAUGCAGCCAGCGACAAGACUGUUACAUUUCCUGGGAUUGCAAUUGUUUGGGGUCUUGCUGUUAUGGUUCUUGUUUAUUCUGUCGGACAUAUCUCCGGCGCCCAUUUCAACCCUGCCGUCACCAUUGCUUUCGCCACCUGCAAGAGAUUUCCUUGGAAACAGGUGCCGGCAUACUUAUCAGCUCAGGUUCUUGGAUCAACUCUGGCCGCCGGUACACUUCGGUUGAUCUUCACCGGAAAACAGGAUCAUUUCACCGGAACACUUCCCAUGGGCUCCGACUUACAAUCAUUUGUUCUUGAAUUCAUAAUCACUUUUUACCUCAUGUUUGUCAUCUCCGGCGUGGCCACUGAUAACAGAGCGAUUGGAGAACUUGCAGGGCUUGCAGUUGGAGCUACCGUUUUACUCAAUGUGAUGUUUGCUGGGCCGAUUUCUGGGGCAUCGAUGAAUCCGGCAAGAAGUUUAGGACCAGCAAUCGUGUCGAACCAAUACAAGAGUUUAUGGGUGUAUAUGGUGGCGCCGGUUGCGGGGGCUAUAGCCGGAGCUUGGGUCUACAACACAAUUAGAUUUACAAACAAGCCGGUUCGUGAGAUUACAAAGAGUGGUUCCUUUUUGAAAGGAACUUCUUCUAAUUGA